GGGAGAGCGGGCGCCGGCGGUGCCCCCAGCCCAGCGUGACCCCGGCACAGGCCGUCGCCGCCUCCCCGCUCGCUGGAAAUUGGCGCGGAACCGGCGCGGCGGGAGCGCGGGCGGCGGCGCCCGGCCCAUCGCGGCCCGGCCAUCCCGGCAGGUGUGGGGGGCAUCGCCCCUGAGGGAGCGGCAGCGUCAAAACGUAGAGAUCUUGUAGCCCAAAGAAGAUGUCAAGGCGCAGUAGCCGUUUGCAAGCCAAACAGCAGCAGCCACUGUCCUGUCCAGAAGAGGCUCCACAAGAACUGCAAGCACUAGAUUAUCUCCAGACCAGAAAAAGGAGAACAGCAGAGCAGGAGAUAAAGAAAAGAGAAGAUGGAAAAAUUGCUAAAAAACAUCAAUAUGAAAUUAAGAGUUGUUGGCCCCCCACGAUAACAGGAGGCAUCUCACCUUGCAUAAUUAUUGAAACACCUCACAAAGAAUCAGUAACCACUGACUUCUCGAGAUUCAAAAAAUAUAGAUUCAGGAACCUCUUCAUAAAUCCAUCACCUUUGCCAGAACUCAACUGGGGAAAUUCCAAAGAUGUCUGGCUCAACAUCCUGACAAAGGAGAACAGAUAUGCUCACUGCAAACACUUCACAUCACUACAUUCUAGUUUGCAACCUCACAUGAGAUCGAUACUGCUAGACUGGCUCUUAGAGGUGUGUGAGGUGUAUGCACUCCACCGGGAAACCUUCUACCUAGCUCAAGACUUCUUUGAUAGAUUCAUGUUGACACAAAAGAACAUUAACAAGAGCAUGCUUCAGCUCAUAGGAAUUACCUCAUUAUUUAUUGCCUCCAAACUUGAGGAAAUCUACGCUCCUAAAAUACAGGAAUUUGCUUAUGUCACUGAUGGUGCUUGCAGUGAAGAAGAUAUUGUAAGAAUGGAACUUAUUAUGUUAAAGGCUUUAAAAUGGGAACUCUGUCCAGUGACAAUUGUCUCUUGGCUGAACCUCUAUCUUCAAGUGGAUGCUCUAAAGGAUGUUCCAAAAGUGCUGCUACCUCAGUAUUCUCAGGAAAAAUUCAUUCAAAUUGCCCAGCUUUUAGACCUGUGUAUUCUGGAUGUGAAUUCUUUGGACUUCCAGUACAGAACACUAGCUGCUGCAGCGCUCUGCCACUAUACCUCAAUCGAAAUAGUUAAGAAAGCUUCAGGCUUAGACUGGGACAGCAUUUCAGAGUGUGUACAGUGGAUGGUUCCUUUUGUGAAUGUGGCAAAAAAGGUCCCUGUGAAGCUGAAGAACUUCAAGAAGGUUGCAGCAGAAGAUCGACACAAUAUCCAGACCCACACAAACUAUCUGGACAUGCUGGAAGAAGUGAACAGUGGAGUAGUGUCUACUGCCCCAGGGCAGUUAUCACCUGUGUCAACAGGAGGAAUAAUAACCCCUCCCAAAAGCACAGAGAAGAAAUGAAAUGCAGUCAAUUGUCAUGAACAGAUUUGGAAACAGGACUUGGUGCUUCAGAACAAGACCACACUAAAAGUGACUCAUGCUCUUUACUGCUGUUAAAGAUUUGGGCAAUAAAAGACACAGCAGAUGGAAACUUGAGACCAGCAUCCUCCUACAGACUUGACAAAAAGAGCUCAGCUGAGUAUUGCACCCUGCUAUCACAAGGGACCACUUUGGUCCAUUCUGACAUGAUGUAUGGUGAGACAUGAAUUCUUAACUUAUAACUUUCAAGAACUUUUUAAAAUAGGGCUGGGUGGCAAGAUUUGUCCACUCAGCUUACAUGGCAGACUUGCUUUAAAUUGGGUUAGAUGAGCAGAAGAAUAUCGACAGCUUGUAUGUAUUGCCUCUUCUUGACCUUUUUUCUUUUCCUGGUAAGGUCAGAGCUCACUCAUGUCAGUCAGUCCCCCCAGCUCAGGUGCAGGUCCAUGGGCAAGCAGUUCACAUCUCUGAAACCACUCCGCGUGUGCAGGACAGUGCAGCCAGCCUCGUGUCAAAUCCCAGCUCCACAGGAGGCUAAUGUGUUUAAGGCCCUUUAGGCCUGCCAUAAACUUCAGUUUUAGUGUAUCACUGACCUCAGGUAAGAGUACCAGCAAAGAACCUGCUGCUGCAGUAACCCUAACUGGAAGAAGUACAGUCCCCAGCCACCCACUUGCAACAAGAAAGAAAAGCAUGAGAACUGGAGAAGGUUGGAAUAAAGGGAGCCUACAGGUACUCUACAACCACUCACGUCAUAGGAACAGUAUUUUAAACUGUGGAGCUGUAUGUUAUCAGUGUUUAUAAACAGCAUUAACUACUGUGUUUUCCUCAGAAUAUUCACUACCUCUGAGUCACUUCUGUGAUGAAGGGCAGUACUGGGAAGGAAGGGUAUCAUCAGUCUUCUUUCCUCUUUCAUGAUGCUUCUAUCUGUGCUGCACACCCAGGGACAAGUGUUACAUUACACUGAGCAGUCCACAACGCUGCACUAGAGCAUCAAGUGCCACCCACAUCCACAUUACACUCACAACAACUUCGCAAACUUGAAUUCAUGUAUUCUCAAACAAGCCAUUGUGGAACUAGCUGCAGUUGCUUCCAGCCUUCUGUACAGUUUGUAAAAAUAAGGGGUUCAUUGUAAGAUUUCAUCUAUUUCUAAGAAGAAAGAUACUAGACUGUAAAUGUUGUACAAAAAUUUAAAUGAAUUUUUAAAAAUAAUAAAGUCUUGAAAGAUUUUUUCACUUUUA